AUGGAGAAGAUUCCGAGCCAUUCUUCCUGGCGUCGGCCUGCACCGCCGCCGUCGCCGCACAGCUCUGGCUUCGGAAAGGUCCGUACGUCGCACGCCUGUGACCGUUGUCGGUUGAUGAGGACAAAGUGUUCGGGAGGAGAUCGAUGCGUCAAGUGUACCAAAGACAAUGCGGCCUGUUUCUACGGGGACCGUAAGCGGGAACGCAACAAAAAGGACUUGGUGGAAAGCAUUGGUCGUAUCCAGGAGCUGGAAGGACAGAACACGCGCCUGCUCUCCACUCUUCGUUCGCUGGUCGAGAGACCGGACUUUCCCCUUGACCAGCAUGCCAACGUCCUGGAUCUUUUGACUAAGUAUUCGCCGAAAGAUUAUUCCGAUGAUCCUCAAGACCAAGGUUUAAGGUCUCCAAGCAUGACCAGCACGUCCAAGGAAUGGCAGUCCAUGACUGAUUCUGGUGGAAAAUCCAAGGAGCAAGGCACCGGACCGUCCGGCGAGAACAAGACAGCUUCCAGUGCUGGAUCUCCUGGGCGCCAAGGGGAAUUGACCGAAGUCGUUGACCUGGACCAUGGCUCGGGGGCGACAGGCUUCGUGGGCAAAAUGUCCGAGAUGUCGUGGAUCCGGCGCGCUUUUGAGUGUGUCCGCUCUGGAGGCGACCAGACGGUUCCAGACAUUGGUGUGUCGGAGAUCAGUCAUCAGCUUACCACCGUGCCCGACUACAGUUAUUUCAUGGACAACACGGAUGUGCUGGCCAUUGACGAAGACCACGUCGAGCAGUACGAAUGGCCGCCUGGCGACUCGGCCGUGGUGCUGGUCGAAGCAUACUUCCACGCGAUGCAAGGCGCUUUCCAAUUCGUCCUUCGCGAACCCUUCCUUCGGGAAUUGGUUGACUUUCCACGGCACAAGAUGCCAUCAUGGAGCGAACGGCGCUGGCUGGCCAUGGCCAACCUGGUCUGGGCGGUCGGAUCUUUGUGGCUCCAGAUCACCAAAUUGGACCCCUCGGACAAGCCAGACGGCCACCUUGUAUACUAUGCGCGAGCGCGCGCCCUUGGAAUCGACCACAGGAUCUUGUUCGACCACCCGGACAUUGAAAGGGUGCAGGGCAUCGGUUUACUCACAUUCUACCUACUAGUCAAUGGAUCGGUGACCAGGGCUUGGAAUAUUCUAGGGCAGGCCAUCCGUCAUGCGACAGCACUCGGCCUGCACUUGCGAGUGUCCGAUCCCAGUGUCAGCCGAGAGGAUCGAGAACGCCGAGCGCGAACGUGGUAUUCCCUGUACAGUCUGGAAAUCCUGCUAUGUGAAAUCGUGGGGCGGCCCAAGGCCAUUUGUUCCGCGGAUAUGACCGUGGAUGUCGAGCUACUGAAGGAAUCAUACGUAGAGCGCGAGAGCUCUGUACACGGAAGCGAGCCCCAGCUUCUGGAAAGAUCAAGGAAGCUUUGGCUCGACUUCUUGAGGGCCAGCCGGAACAUCCCGCAGAGUAUGGGCGCCGGAGCGCUGCCGUGGAAGAGUCUGGCGUCUGUGGGACAGAACAUAUCACCGGCAUACCUUCCCGAAAGACUGAAACUCUGUCGUCUCAGUGAUAAGAUAGCGGCGAAGUUGUACAGUGGAUCGUCGGCGGAUUCGUGGUCGGAGACGCAACGCAAGAUCGGUGAACUGCAGACGGAGAUGAGGAGAUGGGCGGACAAUCUCCCCGAGGAGCUGGCCAUGCAGAGCUCCAUCUCCACCAACACGGACCCCAGGGUCAAGGUCGAACUGGCCUUGUACUAUCACAGCCUACAGAUGAUUCUAUAUCGACCGUGUUUGUGUGAGGUGAAGAUUGAGAACGAGUCCGUUCGGUCGCAGGACUUCAAUCGAAGUACUGCGAGGGCCUGUGUGCACGCCGCGAUGUCAUUGUUGGCCAUCAUCCCUGACAAUCCCAGCGCCCACGAAGCGUACCAGCUCCUUCCCUGGUGGGCGCUUCUCCAUUAUGUGGCACAGGCGACGGCAGUACUGUUGUUGGAGCUGUCUAUUGACGCCGCCCACUUCAAAAACGAAGUGGGCGAUUUGGCCGACCAUUUGCGCAAGGCGAUGGCCUACCUGUGGUGCAUGGCCGAAGGGUCUCUGUCGGCGUACCGGGCGUGGAGAAUUUUCCGGCACUUGUUGUCAGAGGUGACCAGCCGAUGUGGCGACGACCUGGGUCUCACUGAUGUCCCGGUACACGCACCACAGCCUCAUGGAUGGAGAGGAGAGCACGAGAUGGGGGUCAAGAGGGCUUUUGGUUGA